AUGGAGACGGUUGUGUACGAGGACAUCCCCGACACGGCUGCGCGGGUGGAGCGGUUAAAAGUAGCGAUGCUCGCCUUUGCUGGUGUCCGUGCCGUUGCCCCUGCCGUUACAGCCAUUCUUGUUCCCGUUGAUCCAACAAAGGCAGUAUCCUCUUUGUCCUCAGGCGCGUCAGUGUCCAGCCGGGUGAGGGAGGCUUCGGAGGCCAAGCUGCGCCAGGCGUGUGCUGAUCGAGCUCGGCUUCGAACUUGGUUGCAGCGCGAGUUGGGGAUCGCAAUGGACAUUUGGGUUGUGGCGGCCAUUGAGCCACGUGACGCCGCUGCCUUAUCCACGCUCGCCAACUGGCAACUUGACCGGCACCGUUCACCGCUGCGGCAGGCAGACGCGUUGUCGCUCUCCUUGCGUGAGGUUGCCUUGCUGUGGGGGGACCAUCAGCAGCAGGCACCAAUGCUAACGCGCUUCCUCCUGCCUCAUCAGAGUCUCUUCCUCGAUAUGACGUGCUGUUUUGGUGAGGGCGGUCGCAACCUUGUGGACCCCGUUGUGUUCAGCCCACUCCGGGCAAAGCAUGUGGCGAAAGGACGGACAUGUGCUGUUGUCUACUACAAUACCUGGCUGCCACUGACGGCUACACCACGCGGGCUCGCACGACUGCAGCAGCAGUUCCGGCAAUUGGCCAGGCAUGUGCUUUCGCCGUUGCAACUGCCGCUUUGCUGCGCCUACGGUGGAUUGGUAGAGACUCUGCAACACAGUCGCGUUGUGGUGUCUUUUUCCAUAACUGAAUCAAAGGAAGAGGAAAAAGUGGAACAAGAAGGAAACGCACGCGCAACAGUUUCUGCCGCGUUACUUGCGACCCGCUCCUUGAAGGACAUCUUUAGUCUCGCUGGUUUCAUGCUGGGGCACCCGCAGGUCAACUACUAUGGCGAGGCGAAAGCGUUCUGCGCGUCCGUACAGCGGCGGCGUCGGGCUGCCGGUUUUGUCUAUACCGCGUGUCCGGUGGCGGUGGUGGCACCGAAGAAAGCAACGACAUGUGGUACGGAGGCCAAGCGGUGGGUGGCGCAAGUUUCGCCAGCCGCAUCAGGGCGAAAGCGGGGACGCGAGGAGACAACAACGGCGGCUGAGGCGCCUGCGCAGUGCGACGCGACCUGUGGGGCGGAGGAGCUGUCGUGGUGUGAAGAUGUGGGAAACUGA